CUGAGCGGUUCCUGGCAUAAACGACGCCAGUUUCUGACUGCGAUUUGUGAAAAGCGGCGUCGAAUUAUUCCCAUCGAAUAUUAUCAGAUUAGAGACGAUAAUAUCAAGUUAGUCAAAGAAAAAGAAAACGAAAAAGAAAAAUGGCCAGUCAAAUGCCCAAGUUGGUCAACAAGCAGUUCAAUACACCAAUCGGUUUGUAUUCGGAGAAGAACGUCCGCGAGAUUCUGGACAGGGAGUCGCAGAUGCUGGCCAAUGGGGCCGUCGGAAUUAAUUUCAACAACCCAAUGGUAUCGAAACCAGCAAAUCUCCACAACUCCGCUGUCCUCCGUAUGCUUGAAGAAGAGGAGAGCAAACAGAGAGCAGGGUGCAAACCACUUCGGCAGUGGCCACCGCCAAACGCUAACCGACCGAGACAGUUCAAAGACAUCGUAGUCUCAGGUGUUAAGAGGGUCGCUUGGCCACCACCAAAGGAAUCCGAAGGCGAGGAAUACACCGAGCAUCAAGCUGUGCCAACCCAGGGCGGGGCUGAAUAUUCUUAUCAGACACCCGGCUUGCAGAGUCAAUCUCCUAAUAACAUCCACCAGGCACCGGUUACCAAUAACUACCAAGCGCGUCCAGGAACGCCACUAAACAGAUCGGCUCCACAAUCCCCUGUAGUUGUUAACAACUCCGCAGCAUCUCCUAUCCCCGUUAAUCAGCAGAGGCCGACUAAUUUUAGCCCAUCCGUGGUUACAAAACCCUGGGCUCCGGUUCUCUCCCCAACCUCUCCACAACCGGGAUCCAAUCAGCAACCAAGGGAGUUCCAAAUCCCGAUUCAAUACAGCAACUCUCCGCAGUCUCCGCAAAUCAAGCCGGUUCAAGCACCUCUAGCAACCGCUCCACCAAAACAAUUCACCAAUCCUCAAACCCCUCCAGUGCAACAACAAACCCCUGUUGUUCCACAGCAAACUGUGCAACAGCCCAUCCAACCUACCAAGCACUUCGAACCACCACCGAGCACCAUCACCUUGAGACCUCAAGUGCCUAUUAGUCAGGCACCGGCCCCAGUGUUCUCCUCACAACCAGCCACGGCGACCUUAAAGGGAGGUAAGAAUCUUCGCGGAGACCUUAAGUGGCCUCCAGAAGAUGUCAAAGACAAAAUGCAGGCUGAAAGACAGGCGGCCAUCGAGUUAGCCAAAGGACCAGCGUGCAGACCCAGGCGCAUCGCCAAGGACUACAGUUCCUUCUUCGCUCAGCACUCGCUCAACUGCACCUAUCCCGGAUACAAGAUCCCACCGGGCACGCAAUACUACGAACACCAUCCGGUCAUGUAAAAGCAGAAAUCAAACUCUUUAGCUUUAAAAAAAAAGUGCUAUACAUUAAAUUUUUGUGAUACCGAUGGAUGCUGAAGAUGUUCGAACUAACACCACGCUUACCAAACAAAAAAAGAACAUAAAAAAAACAUAAAAUUACAAAAAAAAAUAUAUAACUUCGAAUUUACACGUAAUAAUCUAAAGAUGUACAUAUCUUUAUUUAUUUUUUUUUUAAUAUUUUUGUGAUGAUUUUUUCUAGAACGAAUUGAGCCGCUUAAAUGAAAACAAAAAAAAAGAACACAAACGAUAUU